AUGACAGAUAGUGUUGUUGGUGAACAAAAACUCUUGAGCGAAUUGCGUGUGACGGAAUUGAAGCAGGAAUUGGAAAAGCGUAAUCUGGACAAGAAUGGCAUCAAAAUCAUCCUCACUGACCGGCUUGAGAAGGCUCUCAUUGCCGACGGACACGAUCCGGCUACGUAUUUGUUCCGCGUGAAUGAAGUCGUUGCAUCGCCGGGAAGUGUCAAGCCACAAUCACCAGCAGUAUCUCCGGCACCAGCGAUGGAACAUUCAGCUGAAGAGGAAAAAACGAAGGAGAUAACCUCUGAAAAUGGGCACGGCACUGAAGCUGCCGAAAGCCACGAUGAAGCCAUGGACACGGAAAGUGCGGAACCAGCGAAGAAUGAUGAAAAUGCUGCUGAUCUGGACACAUCAAAGGAGCUGGUCAUUGCCGAUGAACCGGCAGCUGGCGAUACGGCGGCUGCUACUAAUGACGAGGAGAUGCUGGAAGACCCCCUAAUAGACGUGCCGACCGAAAACGCGGCACCAACCGCUAAAUCAGCCGUUACAGUUACGUCUGCUGCUAAGACUCCAGUACAAGCACCGGUGAACGAUGACAAAGAGAAAGACAUCGCAUCGCGCUCGAUCUGGGUUCGCGGCCUGACGUCAGCCACGAAAGCAGCCGAUCUCAAGGUGUUAUGCACCGAAUUUGGAAAAGUGGUGCGCGCCAAAAUAUACACUUCAAAGAAGCAGACGACUUCGGCUUGUUAUGGAUAUGUGACUAUGGCCGACACCGCAGCUGCAGAGAAAGCGGCCGCUGCAUUGCACAAGACACAAAUCCGAGGACGCACAAUAUCUGUGGAGAAGGCGGAUAGAUCGAAAGUGCCAGCCGUGAAAUCUGCCUCCGCUGCUGCUCCAGCCAAGAAAGACACGGCCAACGAGUCAUCCACGAGCACUAAGCGUGACUCUGAUAGAAAAAAAGAAGAUGAUGCAAGCAGAAAUGCAAAAGCAACGUCUGUGACCUCAGAAAAAUCGCAUGCUAAGGAAGGGAAGAAGACUGAGUCAACAUCGACACAGAAGCGUGAUGAUUCUCGUCGCAGUAGCGACAGAAAACGCGAUGACAGAGAGCGACGUUCGACAAACGCCGAACGACGCGAUAGUGAAAGACCCAAAACGGAUUCGAAGCGUGAAACGUUCAGAAGAGCCCCUGCACGCGAUCCUCGUCGUGACUCCCAAAGGACUAUCACUGCUGCACGACGUUUUCCUGGAUCGACCCGAGGAGUGCCUUCUCGCGGUAGUCUUCGAGGGCGUAUUACACGACCAGGCGAUAGAACUAGCAGUUAUAUGUCGAUACGUCGCCCUGAAGCAAUGAGUCAGCGCGACCUUUUGACAUUGAUGCGUCGAAAAGAGGAAGAACAUCGACGUCGUGAAGCUGAAAUUGAAAAGGAACGUGCACUUGAGAGAGAACGUGAACGUAUACGAUUUGAACGUGAACAACUGGAGAAGGAGCGUCUGCAGCUGCAGCUUCAAGCAGCUCUUCAACAACAAAAACUUGCUGCUAUGAGCUCUUCUCGCACUAAAGAUUCCUAUCUACCGUCAUCUCAUACAAGUAGCAGAGCACGCCAUGAUUAUCGUGACAGCCGUGACACUCGUGCCAGCAAAGUAAGCUCAUCUGUGCAUCGCCGCUCCGCUGGAGACAGCCGACACGCGACAACUGAUGACCGCUCAAGAUCUCGCCAUGUAGGAGCAAGUGAAAGAUCAGCUCCAUCGAGAAUUGAACGUGACCGUUCCGACCACAAGUCAGCACCUGCUUCAAGUCGUGAUCGUAGCCGACAUGAGUCGUACAGCAGUGCUCGCGGUCAUACAUCUUCUCAACCAGCAGCGUACUCGAGGAAAGAAUACGAUAGAGGGUACACGUCUUCGAGGGACAAUGCGACGUACAGCAGCGGACGUGGCGCCAGUUCGUAUUACGGUGCCGGGUAUGGUUCAUCAACGUGGCAGGGCAGCAGCUCGGCUGUAGGCGGUCAUUCCUCUGGCGGAUCAGCAUGGGGCGGACGAGGAGGUACAGGAAGUAAUGGCUGGUCAGCAUUUGGAAAUGGUACAGGAGCAUCGUCAGGUUCGAGCAUGCGCUAUGACUACGAUAAAUAUCAGCAGCGCUACUAAGAGCUCUAUAAAUUGGAAAGUGCAAAUUUUGACAUUUUCCUUUUUUUCUCUUUCUUUUAUAACAUUCUAGCUGUUGACAUCCCAGAAAUUAUUAUUGAGAAACAUUGAAGUUCAAAUUUUGCAAUGUUUUUUGUCUUGUUCGUGGUUGUUCAUUAUUCAUAUAUAUUGUGUAUGUGUAGCAGAGAACACACUAUGUGGUUUUUUCCUUUUUUUUCCAAAAGGUAUCUAUAAUGUUGUUGUUGUACAAACACUGCGUAUUUAUCUUCGCUUUUCCAC